AUGCGCUACACACGUCGUGAUUUUCUUGCCACCACCGCCAGCGCUUCAUUGGCGUCACUGGUCGCGCCCGCAGCCUGGGCCAGCGGCACCACACCGGCCGAAAAGGCCGUGCAGGCCCGCUACCACCGCUACAACGUCACCAGUCCCGAGGGCCAGCGCAUGCUGGCCAGCUACGCGCGCGGCAUCAAUGCCAUGCUGAAAUUGCCGCCGGACGAUCCACGCAACUGGUUCCGCAACGGCUUCGUGCACCUGAUGGAUUGCCCGCACGGCAACUGGUGGUUCUACGUUUGGCACCGCGGCUAUGUCGGCUACUUCGAGCAGACCAUCCGCACGCUCAGCGGUGAUCCGCAGUUCGCGAUGCCCUACUGGGACUGGACCGAGCUGCCGCGUAUUCCUCCUGCGAUGUUCGAUGGCGUACUCACGCCCACCGACAGCGCCUAUGCGCCCUAUACGCGCAACCUGGCGGUGUUCACCCGGUUCAUGCGCCCGGCGCUGCAGCGCUACUGGGACAAGCUCGACGCGGGCCAACGCGGCCAGCUCAAGUUGCGCGGCUAUCUCACGGCCGACGAUGUGUGGAACGACGUGACCGGAUACAGCGCCACGGAGAAGACCGGCAUUUCCGGCAAUGCGGCCUAUGCGAUCACCUGUGGUGCCCGUUACCUGUGGCGCGAGAAUCCGGGCUUCGAUGCCAAGACGGCCUCGGCGGUGUCUCCCGACACGAUCCAUGCGGGGCUGUCGCCGGUGGACUUCUACAAUGCCGAUGUAAGCCGCAGCUUCACCAGUUCACGCACGGCGUCGCACGUGGUGCCGCCUGAUGGCGCCACGAAAUUCUCGGUGCUUGAAGGCUUCCCGCACAACAAGGUGCACAACUGCAUCGGCGGUGUCGGCGCGGUCGAUCCCGGUCCCUACGGCAACAUGACCAACUUCCUGUCGCCGCUGGACCCCAUCUUCUACCUGCACCACGCCAACAUGGACCGCCUGUGGGACGUGUGGAACCAGCUGCAACAAUCGCGGGGCAAGCCGAUCAUGCCGGGCGGCUUCGUCGGUGAGCGUCCGGCAAGCGCGUUUUUCUCCACCACCGCCUUCGACUACGACUACGUCUAUCCCGGCCGCAACGACCUGCUGCAGGCGGCAGCGCUGCCUGCAGCCCCCGGUGCGGUACGGCUGGUCCGCGGCACGCGGUCCGAUGGCGCCGUCCGCGUCGCGGUUCCCAACGAAGCGGUGCGCGCGCACCUCGCCACGUCCGCACCGCGCCAGCUGAUUGCCGAAGUCACGCUGGAGCGCCCACAGGGGUUGAACAAUACGCGCGAGUUCGACGUCCUGGUCAAUGCACCCGCCGGCACCUCGGCUGUUGCUGCCGACAGCCCCUAUUACGCGGGCACGGUCUCGUUCUUCGGGCCCAGCAUGCCGGGCAUGGACCACAGCCAUCCCACCACCUUUGCGGUGCCCUUGCCGCAGAAGCUGGGAGCGCUGCAGGCAGUCAAGGCCGCCGAUGACGGCACGACCACGCUGGAGAUCCGCCUGGUCGCAUCGACCGGCCAGGCACCGCAGACGUUCCCGGUGCUGGACGCCUCGAUCCUGGUCGCACCGCUGCAACCCUGA